AUGGCGCCGCUGAUCCAGCUUCCGGACUCACCCUCGCUCGAUCCGCAGCAGACGCAAGGGCUACUGAGCCCAUGGCAAGCACCGCGCAAUAGCUGGCCGUCAGAUCGCUCUCCGCCCUUCUCACAAAGCUCCUUCGCGCAACGCCGAGAUAGCGUCAUCAAUACCGCCGAGAAAUCGUAUCGCCGCUUCAUGCAAGUAUGGAAUAGACUGUCCUUCCUGCAAAAGUGCCUUGCGGUCGUCGGCAUCAUCAUUCUCGACACGUUCUUUAUACUGUUCCUCGUCUUCAACGAAAAGAUAUUCAGCUUUCUCGAGCCGCUGGCCGAAAAGUGGAAGAACACAACAGGCGGCUGGAUUGUGCUGUGGAUCAUCACCUUCAUCACCGCCUUUCCGCCCAUGAUCGGCUACUCGACAUGCGGAACCACCGCCGGCUUUGUCUACGGCGCAUGGGAAGGCUGGCUCAUUCUCGCGACCGCCACCGUCGCAGGUUCAACCUGUUCCUUUAUCGUCUCGAGAACGGUCCUCCGCAGCUAUGUCGAACGAAUGAUCGCCAAUGACACGCGCUUCAACGCUUUCGCCCUCACACUCAAGCAAGAUGGACUGAAGCUGCUGUGCAUGAUCAGGCUUUGUCCGCUGCCAUACUCACUAUCCAACGGCGCCAUGUCCACCGUCCCAACCGUUCACCCAGCCAUGUACGCCCUGGCUACCACCAUAAUUACUCCCAAACUCCUCAUCCACACCUUCAUCGGCAGCCGGCUUGCAGUCAUCGCACGAUCAGGCGGAGAAAUGAGCACAGGAGCAAAGAUCGUCAACUAUACCAGCAUCGCAUUCGGCGCAUGCUUAGGGAUGGGCGUAGGGUACUACAUCUACCAGAAGACCAUGGCAAGAGCACGAGAACUCGAGCAAGAGGAGGCUGCGAAUGCACAAGAUCCAGUCCGCCGACCUGGACCACCACCAAAACAAUUCAGCGACGAUCCAGAAGCUCAGCACGCGGUGGAUGUGGUGCUCGAGCAAGAUACAAUGGAUUACUUCGACGAGACGUCCACAUCCAACGAAAGAGGGGCAUACACAGAUGAUUAUACAGACGAUGACGAUCCAUUUGGGCGUGGUGAUGGCCCUGAUGAGGACACUGCCGGCUCGCACCGAACCAGAUAG